AGCUCAGUCAUCUGUAACAGGGGAGGGCACAGGCAACAUUCUUCACUCUAAGCAUAGUGUAUAGCAUCAAAGGACUACAUAGGGAGCAUCUGUGACAUCGUAGCGCAUACUCAUUUUUACUGUGAUACGGACACGGGAGAUACUGACAAGGGAUGAAUUCUCUUGCACCCCGUGGAUGCGCCCUAACCGUGUCCAAUGGAUCUCCCCGGCAUCAGCAACGCGACCGUGGACAACAUGUCAGGUUCGGGCUUUAUUUUAGAGACUGUGACCAUCAAACCCGUUGUGAACAGCCUGAGCACUCAGGCCGGCAACUAUACAGCCGGGGGCGAGAUGCACAGCAACACCACCCCGGUGAGGAGUUCGGAGGGGAACUCGGUUCUCCAGGGCAUCGCGGUGGCCGCGCAGGCGCUGCUGCUCCUGGCCAUCUUCUUACUGUCCAGUCUGGGUAAUUCAGCGGUCGUGGUGGUAAUAAUCAAGCACAGGCAGUUGAGAACAGUCACUAACGCGUUCAUCAUGUCCCUGUCCCUUUCGGAUUUCCUCACGGCCGUUCUUUGUUUACCCUUCUCCUUUAUGAUGCUCUUCAGCAAGGAUGGCAAGUGGAUGUUCGGGGAGCCGUUCUGUAUCGCCAACGGCUUCUUCAACACCUGCUUCGGCAUCAUCUCCACUUUGACCAUGACUCUCAUCUCGUUCGACCGCUAUUAUGCCAUCGUCAGGCAGCCGCAAGCCAAAAUCGGCCGGAGGAGAGCUAUCCAGCUCCUGGCGGCCGUUUGGUUCUCCGCGGUGGUCUUCGCGUUUCCUUGGUACUUGUUUAUGGAGACCUCCGGGCACUUGGUGGUGCACAAACAGGGGUUUUACCAUUGCAUGUACGUGUUCCACUCUGGCACCUCCAGGAUGGGCACUGCAUACAGUGUAGCUUUAAUAGUCGUGUGCUACCUGUUGCCCUUCGCCCUCAUGUGCUUCUGCCACUACAACAUCUGCAAAACCGUCCGGCUGUCAGAGAUCAGGGUGCGGCCGGUGACCACUUACGCGCACCUGUUGCGCUUCUACAGCGAGAUGCGCACCGCCACCACCGUGCUCAUCAUGAUCGUGUUCAGCAUCCUCUGCUGGGGGCCCUACUGCCUGAUGGGCAUCAUCACCGCGCUCGGGAGCUACUCUUUCAACCCUGCUAUGGAUACCGUGGCCAUUUGGAUGGCGUGGGCUAACGGUGCCAUCAACCCGUUGAUAUAUGCCAUAAGGAACCCGAAUAUAUCCAUGCUGCUGGGUCGGAGCAGAGAGGAGGGAUACAGGACUAGAAACAUCGCCGCGUACCUGUCCACGCAGACGCAGCGCAGGGACGCGGUCCGGAACCGGGCGGACCGGAUUCGGGACCGGUACGUAAGCCGGCACGGCGCAAACAGCCGUCUGUCUUCCUCCAGCCCGGCCAACGGAGGAGAUGUUGCCAUGUGGGCCUGUAAAAACCCGGCGGUGUUCUUCUGUAGAGAUGCGCAUCCGGAUACGAUCACUGAACCGGCGGUGCCCAAAGUUGAGACUGCUGACACCAGUUUGUAAUGCGGUCACACUUUAUGAUGACGACGGGAGGUGCUACAGGUGUACAGUGAGACCCAAAAUUACUUGGGUCGCACUUAAAAACGUACAAUUUCGGAUAACAAUGUGUCAAGUCAGGUGGAUUUGUUUUAAGGAACUUUUUUUACCUUUACUUUCAAAACCAUGCAGCAGCUCAUUUUUACAUAUAUAUUUAUUUUUUAUGAUUUUAUAUAUAACAUUCUUAUUGUUUGCAUAUACCAGAGGCUUUUUCUUGAUAUUCUGCUCAAACAGUAAACAUAUUUUAUUAAUAUCUCUUAAUAUCACUUCCUUAAGUGGUAUUUAUGCUGGUAAUAUUUAGUGUUUUUAUCUUUCUUUGGGACAUUUAAUUUUAAAAACGUGCAAAAACAUGUUAUUUUAAUGAAAAGUGUUUUAUUAAAUAUUCCAUUAAAUAAUUAAGCUUUUGAUAAGAAGAGCUGACAAUCACCAACCUUUAAGUUGUUGAUCACAUUAAAUAAAAAUGUGAUAUUUUGUAUAGGGUCUCAUUUUCGUUAUAGCUAAUAUGCAAAUAUGUACAUAUAUCUGACCCUGAACCACAAAACCAGUCUUAAGUAGCACGAGUAUAUUUGAAGCAAUAGCCAAAAAUACAUUGUAUGGGUCAAAAUUAUUCAUUUUUCUUUUAUGUCAGAAAUCAUUAGGAUAUUAAGUAAAGAUCAUGUUCCUUGAAGAUAUUUUGUAAAUUUUCUACCGUAAAUAUAUCGAAACUUAAUUUUUGUUUAGUAAUAUGCAUUGCUAAGAACUUAAUUUGGACAACUUUAAAGGUGAUUUUCUCAAUAUUUUGAUUUUUUGCAUCCUCAUAUUACUGAUUUUCAAAUAGUUGUAUCUCGGCCACAUUCUCCUA